ACGCACGACACACAAGUCACUCCUACAUCCCCAUUUCCUCCCCAUCCAGACGUGGCGGCGACGGCCACCCACCGAGCCCGCCUCACCGCCUGAUUGAGAUGAUAGCAGCCAAGUUCGUGUCGCCGGGCCGCCAAAGCCCCUUCGCCUGCUCUCCGGAUCUGGUCGCUCCCGUCUCCUCCUGCUGCUUUCCCCACGCAUGCAGGAACCAGCCAGCCAGCCAUGAAGGGUGCCAAAUCCAAGGGCGCCGCCAAGGCCGAAACCAAGGACGAGUUCCGCAAGGAGUUCAAGGAGAAGAACCCCAAGAACAAAUCCGUAGCUGCCGUCGGUAAGGCAGCCGGCGAGAGGUGGAAAAGCUUGAGCGAAUCGGACUCUUCCUCCUGGUUAUUUGGAGGUCGGGGAGUCUGCAGCGGAGGGAGCCUCCAGGGAAACUUUGAAAGAAGCUUGUGCAGAUGCGACCCUUGGUCCGGCGAUUGCAACCGCUAGCAGUCACCUGCUCACACGCGCAUCGUAGCUAGGAGCUGGGUCGGUUCAUGGGCCGUCGCGGUUCAGUCUAGCCGGCGCCUACCGCAUCUGCACCAAGAUGCUGAAGGCCACCAGGAGGACACCGUCGAGCCCGGCCUGGCUGCUUGCUGCUUCCCCCAACCUAGCGGAAAGCUGCGGAGGAUCAUGAUGAGCUGCCGAGGACUGGGACAUGAGCAUGGCGAGGAUGCGGAGCUCUUCACGAGUGACGGUGGCGCAGCGAUCGACCUAGGAGCGCAAAGAGGGGUUCUGACGAUCUACCUGAGUUUUGGGCGUGACUGACGUGACCAGAAUUUUGAAUCUUGAAACUAGCUAAAUUUGUAACGGAUAGAAUAUAUAUGAGUUUAUUUGUAAUUUGUAAAAUCUUUUUUUUUGUU